AUGGGGAAUUACAAGUCCAGACCAACCCAAACUUGCACUGAUGAAUGGAAGAAAAAGGUGAGUGAAUCCUAUGCUAUCAUCAUAGAGCGCUUAGAGGAUGACCUGCAAAUCAAAGAGAAGGAGCUGGCGGAACUGAAGCACGUUUUUAGCUCUGAUGAAGCCUUCUGCAAAGUCAAUCUGAAUUACCGCACAGAAAAUGGGCUCUCGCUGCUCCAUUUAUGCUGCAUCUGUGGGGGUAACAAGUCCCACAUCAGAACUCUCAUGCUGAAAGGACUGCGCCCCUCCAGAUUGACCAGGAAUGGGUUUACAGCUCUGCACUUGGCAGCUUAUAAGGACAACACGGAGCUGCUGACAGCGCUGCUGCACGGUGGAGCCGACAUCCAGCAGGUCGGGUACGGGGCCCUGACAGCCCUGCACAUAGCCACCAUCGCCGGCCACCACAAGGCUGUUGAUAUUCUUUUACAGCAUGGAGCUUAUGUGAAUGUCCAGGAUGCAGUUUUUUUCACCCCGCUGCAUAUUGCUGCAUAUUAUGGCCACGAACAGGUAACCCACCUCUUACUGAAGUUUGGAGCUGAUGUGAACGCGAGCGGUGAAGUUGGAGACAGACCUCUCCAUCUGGCUUCUGCCAAAGGCUUUCUCAACAUUACAAAACUCUUGGUGGAAGAGGGGAGCAAAGCUGAUGUGAAUGCACAGGACAAUGAAGACCAUGUCCCUCUGCACUUCUGUUGUCGAUUUGGACACCAUGAAAUUGUGAAGUUCCUACUGCAGAGCAGCUUUGAAGUUCAGCCCCAUGUGGUGAACAUCUAUGGAGACACCCCUUUACACCUUGCCUGCUACAAUGGGAAGUUCGAGGUUGUGAAGGAAAUGAUCCAGCUCUCGGGAACAGAAAGUCUCACUAAGGAAAACAUAUUCAGUGAAACGGCUUUUCACAGUGCUUGCACCUAUGGGAAGAACAUAGAACUUGUAAAAUUUCUUCUGGACCAGAACGUUGUAAGCAUCAACCACCAGGGAAGAGAUGGGCACACAGGACUACAUUGUGCUUGCUACCAUGGCCACAUUCGGCUGGUACAGUUUUUACUGGAUAAUGGAGCUGAUAUGAACCUGGUAGCUUGUGAUCCCAGCAGGUCCAGUGGAGAAAAGGAUGAGCAGACCUGUUUAAUGUGGGCCUAUGAGAAAGGUCAUGAUGCCAUUGUGACCCUUCUGAAGCAUUACAAGAGACCUCAAGAUGAAUCCCCCUGCAAUGAAUACUCACAACCUGGUGGAGAUGGUUCCUAUGUGUCAGUUCCAUCCCCUCUAGGGAAGAUUAAAAGCAUGACAAAAGAGAAGGCAGACGUCCUCCUGCUCCGUGCUGGUUUGCCAUCACACUUCCACCUGCAGCUCUCCGACCUAGAGUUCCAUGAGAUCAUCGGCUCAGGUUCUUUUGGAAAAGUGUACAAGGGACGAUGCAGAAACAAAAUCGUGGCAAUCAAGCGCUACCGAGCCAACACGUACUGCUCCAAAUCAGACGUGGACAUGUUCUGUCGUGAAGUUUCCAUCCUCUGCCGCCUGAACCACCCGUGUGUCAUCCAGUUUGUGGGAGCCUGCCUGGACGACCCCAGCCAGUUCGCUAUUGUCACUCAGUACAUCUCAGGGGGAUCGCUCUUCUCCCUGCUCCAUGAACAAAAGAGAACUCUGGAUCUGCAGUCUAAGUUAAUCAUUGCUGUAGAUGUUGCCAAAGGCAUGGAGUACCUCCACAACCUCACACAACCCAUCAUACACCGUGAUCUGAACAGCCACAACAUUCUGCUGUAUGAGGAUGGCCACGCUGUUGUUGCUGAUUUUGGAGAAUCCAGAUUUUUGCAGUCCCUGGAUGAAGACAAUAUGACAAAGCAACCUGGGAACCUACGCUGGAUGGCCCCUGAAGUGUUCACCCAGUGUACGAGGUACACCAUAAAAGCCGAUGUUUUCAGCUAUGCCUUGUGCCUCUGGGAGCUGUUAACAGGUGAAAUCCCUUUUGCUCACCUCAAACCAGCAGCAGCAGCCGCAGACAUGGCGUACCACCACAUCCGCCCGCCCAUCGGGUACUCCAUCCCCAAGCCCAUCUCCGCGCUGCUGAUGAGGGGCUGGAACGCCUGUCCCGAGGGGAGGCCGGAGUUCUCAGAAGUAGUCACAAAACUAGAGGAAUGUCUGUGCAACAUCGAGCUGAUGUCUCCAGCCUCCAGCAACAGCAGCGGUUCCCUGUCCCCCUCCUCCUCCUCAGACUGCCUCGCCGCUCGGGGAGGUCCCGGCCGCAGCCACGUCGCUGCUCUGCGGAGCCGCUUCGAGCUGGAGUACGCCUUGAACGCGCGGGCGUACGCGGGGUGGUCACAGAGCACGGGGCAACACCCUUCGCAGGGGCUGUCUUUGGAUGACAUGAGACGAAACUUCCCAUAUCCCCCGAUCGACAAGAAUGGCUACGUGUCAGACCCCAUGAGCACCAUGAGGUUUCAUUCCUGCAGCAGCAGUGGCAGCUUUGAAGAAAGCAGCUGACAGCAUGAAC